GCCCCCCGUACCGAGUGCUUCCGGCGGCUGCUGGUGUCAGGGAGGCGUGAUGCCCGCGCGUAGUGGGGCUCAGAUUUCCCGAAAAAUGGGGCACAAAAAGCAGAGACUGACAGAGACAGAGUCACAGCUGCCCCCAUCAGACACAGCUAACUCUUCCCCUAAGGAGAGACUACCCUCAACCCUGGGUCUCCAGCGCAGCAUCUACUUCUCCAGCCCAAAGGCCCACCCUGCCCGGCUGGGGUUAGAGUUUUUUGACCAGCCAGCAAUUGCCUUAGCCCGGGCCUUUCUGGGACAGGUCCUUGUCCGGCGACUUGCUGAUGGCACUGAGCUCCGUGGUCGUAUUGUUGAAACUGAGGCAUACUUGGGACCAGAGGAUGAAGCUGCUCACUCGAGGGGUGGCCGUCAGAGCCCCCGCAACCGUGGCAUGUUCAUGAAACCUGGGACCCUGUAUGUGUAUAUCAUCUAUGGCAUGUACUUCUGCUUGAAUGUCUCUAGCCAAGGGGAAGGAGCUUGUGUCCUGCUGCGAGCACUAGAGCCCCUGGAAGGCGUGGAGAUGAUGCGGCAGCUUCGCAGCACCCUUCGGAAAGGCACCAUCAGCCGAGUCCUCAAAGACCGUGAGCUCUGUAGUGGUCCCUCCAAACUCUGCCAGGCCCUAGCCAUUGAUAAGAGCUUUGACCAGCGGGACCUGGCCCAAGAUGAGGCUGUAUGGCUGGAAUGUGGGCCUCAGGGACCCAAUGAGUCAGCCAUAGUGGCAGCAGCCCGUGUGGGUAUUGGCCAUGCGGGAGAGUGGACCCAAAAACCCCUCCGUUUCUAUGUCCGGGGCAGUCCCUGGGUCAGUGUGGUAGACAGAGUGGCUGAAAAGGAUGUAUAGGCCUGAGCAAAGAGCCUCCUCACACAGGCUUUUGCUUGUUUGUUUUUCAAGGUAGGAUUUUGCUGUAGCCCAGGCUGACCUAGAAUUCACUAUGUAGUCUCAGGGUGGCCUUGAACUCACAGUGACCCUCCUACCUCUGUUUCCCAAUGCCAGGAUUAAAGGCAUGUGCCACCAGCCUCACACAGGCUUUUUAAUUGUUUAGAAGUAAAAUAAAUGUCAUGUUUGCAGGAAAAUGUCCAUAUCCCAGCCACAGCCCCCCAACCCAAUCAGUGUGCCAACAGACAUUUCCUCCAGGCCAGGAAAGCUAAGCACUGAGUAUGGACACCAGCAAAGAACCAAAAUGUACAAGUACAUGCAACCAGAGGCAGAGGUCCUGUGCAGCCUGUUGAGCUACCGCCUAUUCUAAGAUAUGCUCAGGCGACAGGACUGCUCUAGCCGAGCUGGGUCAGCCUAAGCCCUUGUGCCUGAGAUGAUCGGGAUUGGGUGGGGACAACUUGUCCGAGCCUGUUAGUGGCUUAUGCAGGGUUGUAGUGGUUGGGCCAGGAACAAAGCACAUGGCAAACAGGAUGGAUUACAUGCUUAGAUCUCACAUUGUUGACCACCAGAGGAGCAUAGAUGAAUAAGUGUGUUUUUGCACAUUUUCCAGGGAAGCUACGUAAGGGGCAGACAGGUUAGGAUGUCAGGAAGACAAGCCUGUGUGCAUUUGAAGGACCUAGACCUCAAAGACACAGGUCUUGGAAAACCACUUCCAGCUUGGCAAUGUGAAGGUGCUGUAAAGACCUGAUGAAAGAGUAGUACAUGCCUAUAAUCCUACCAUUUGGGAGGUAAAGACAGGAGAUUCAGGAGUUCAAGGUUAUCCCUGGUUACACAGUACAUUUGAGGCCAGCCUGGGCUACAUAAAAACAAACAGUAAGAGCCCAGAGGGUGGCUGUCCCACAGCUGCUCUUGACCACUUUGAGGGAGCUGCUGUGAGGCUAUGUUCUGCAGACUUCAGUCAGGCUAGAGCUGGCAGUCCACCCACUGCCAGGCCUCAGUGACAAGACUCAGACCCUGCUGGAGCCUUGAGACAGAGUGAAGGCUAGUAUCCACCUACACAUCCAGCAACCUCUCCAUCCUCUGUCUGGACUCAUGUGAGCAGCGCCUGGAAGACAGCAAUGACGGGGUCCUCAUGAGUAGUCACCACCAACACACUGCGGAACUUGUCGAAAAGCAUGAGCAGCUGGGAGCGCCGAGUAUUCUCGUUGUACAUGAUCUCCUCCAGAUGGUGGCGACCACGGAAGUAGUGAAGAAGCCUGGAAGGGACAGGGUGGCAUGAGCCUAGCCCAAGGCCAGCGCCACAAAGGUCUCUAAGAGCCACUGAUGAAUCAGAUGUGAGCCACCCACAGGCUUACAUAGAGCUGAGGGAUGGGUACCAGCUGCUUUUCAAAAUCCCAUCCCCAACCAGCAAGGACAGAUGAGCAUCCUGGAUCCAAUGCCUAGUAACUAGUGGUGGGCCUAAAGUGAGUUUAUAAAGAAGCAUGGCUGUUUAAGCCUACCAUGAUGUGGGAAA